GUGAUCGUUUGAAAGCUACGACAAUCGGCGAGAGACGCCAAUAAAUAAACGAUCAAUCAAUGUAAAACUGAUCGGCUUAGUGUACAAUAUUCAAGUGCAAAGUGUGUGCAAAAAAGCCGCAGAACAAAGACAACAAAAAUGCAACAGCGCCGGCAAACGAACAACAGCAACAACAAUAACAACAGUGGAUUGACUUUCUGUUUGCUGUUGUUGGUCACCUGCUUUGCAGCUACGGCAAGCGCCUCUUUGAUUCCCCAUGGAACGCAGCAGUUUUUUGAGCUGCAGAGCAAAGUGAGAUUAGAGCAACUCAAUGCCGAGCAAUCCACCUCAGAAGAGGUGAGUUACACUUUUGAGACCAAGCUGAGGGUGAACUCUGUGUGGAGCAAGGAUGACCAGCAGCUGCUGGAAAUUCACCUCAGUGAGAAUCGUGUGAGAGCGCCGGGAAAAGCGAAAGCUCAGCUUAAGGAGCGUGUUAUCAGCAGUCUGCCGGACAGACCCUUCUACAUAGCGCUGGUGAAAGGUCAGCCGGAGCAGGUGAUAGCGCACACAUCGCGGGAUCAAUCGCUGCUCAAUCUGGAACGCGGCAUUGCGUCGCUGCUGCAGCUGCGACUCUCGUCUAGUUCCGAGAGCGAACUCGAUGUUUCCGGACAUUGUCGUGUGAAGUACAACGUGAAAUCCCCCACGAGUGUGGUGAAAACCAAAACGGAUUGCGCUCUCUGGGAUUUGCGGGUGAACGACCAUCCCGAACAGGCGCUGAGUGUCUCUCAGCAUUCCCGUGAGCAAGUGGAAUACGAACUCACCUCGGCUGGAACUCUGCUGCGUGCCGAGUCAACGGAGACGCAUCGCUUGACACUCGCAGCGAAGCCGGAUGCGGGUAGCUUGGUGCGUGGCAACCUGCGACUGCAACAUGUGGCACAGGGUGACGAGCAGGUGCAGCAGCUGGAACAUUCCACACUGGAAGCGGCCAUUGAGAGUCUGUUGGAAUGGUAUCGCGUGUUUCCGCUGGAAGCCGAUGUAGAUGGCGCAAUCGGCGAGCUGAAAGAGCAAACAUUGCAGGAGCAAUUUGAAAAGAAUGUGAAGCAACUGAAGGCGGAGGAUGUGGGCAAAUCCUCGCAAGCUUUGACCUUUGUGCAGCUGCUGCCGCUGGCAAGGAUCAAAAAGCAGCCGCAGCUUCUGGAGCUGCUGGAAUCGCAUUUCCAUAUGAGCUCCCAACUGGCGGAUCUUCUCGGCGCCGUGCAAACUUAUGAGGCACACAAUGCCACCUUUGCGCAUUUCUUUAGAGGAAGGGGGACAACCCCAGAGUCUGUGGAUAGGCUGGAAAAGUAUCUGCAAUCCUUGGCAGUGGCAACGCAUCCGCAGCGCGAAAUCAUCGAGCAUCUCUUCGAUUUGGUGCAGCAGGAGAAGAUUAAUGCAAAGCACUCGAAUCUCAGGGACAGCGUGCUCCAAACGCUUGCCACAUUGACCCGUCAGAGUGGAUUUGAUGUCAACGAUCCGUUGUUGCAACAGAUACGUGAUCAUCUGCUCGAUGGACUUGCCACCUCUAAGGAUCCAGAUCUUUAUAUACGCGCUCUGCAGAAUCUACGUGAUCCUCUGACCAUCGACGAGUUGCUCAAACAGGCGACGCAGUCGGAGCAACCCAAAUUAUCGGUGGCUGCCUUGCAAGCUCUCAAAUCCUUUCCAGCUUCCAGUUAUGCGACGUCACAUCGCCAGAAAUUUGAGAGCAUUUUCUAUCAGCGACAACGACGCUUCGAUAGCUCCGCUCGCACCAUAGCACUGGAUGUGCUCCUCGACAUGCGUCCCAGUGCUGAGCAGCUGGGACAACUCCUAGAUUACCUCGCCUCCAAUGAUCGACAGUUCGAGAUCAAGACCUAUCUGCUGCAAAAGCUGCGCAUGCUCGCCGAGAUCUGUCCACGUUUCCGGGCCAUGUUCCGAACGGCGUUGCUCCAACGUGACCAUGUCAACAACUACAAUGUGCUGGGACAGAAGGGUCUCACCACAGUGCUCACUCGACAACUUUCGCAGUCGCCCGCCUUCAAUGAGACGCUUCUGAGUACGCAGGAGGUUUAUCAGGGCAUCCUGAAGCGUGGAUCCGUGGAGUUUCUGCUGCACGCUGGACGGGAUCAGGCGAGCAGCUUUAAACUGGGCGUUUACACCGCCGGAUUGGGCUCUUUAGUUGGAGAUGGCGAUGCGGAUGAUGGCAACGAUCGCAUUCCUGCCGAUGAUGAGCUGCAGGGCGAGGAAACUGUCACCGCCGGCAUGGAGAUUAGUGUCCAAGGCGCCCAGCUGCGUCCCUUGAUCUUUUUCACUGGCCAGACCGAGCUCAUGGGUCAUGUCUGGGGCGGCAGUGCAUCAGAUUCGACGCCAGCUUAUCAGGCGACGACACUGGCUCAGGAUCAUGAGCAAUAUAUUGUCCUGGCAUCGGGUGCAACGCUGCACUGGCGUGUCCUGGGCGCCAGAAGUGUCGAUCUCAAUGGCAAAGUCGGUUUCAGUCUGUGGAAUCGCAAUGCCCAAACGGAGAUACAACAAAACACGGGCAGCGCUGUCCUGAGUCACGUUUCCGUGGGAUUCACUUAUGCCAAACUCGAGCAGGAUUUCACACUCACCCAUGAGCCAAAGUUGAGUCUCCAGGCGGAUCUCGAUUUCUACAGCGGCAUCAAACUCUGCAUGCAACUGCAACGUCCCGAGCAAUUGCUAACUUACUCCAAUGUGCGUUCCGUUUACCUGCAAAAUGUGGAGAAAACGUAUGCCAAACAUUUGCGUUUAACAACCACGCACAAAUCGGCGGGUCUCACUUUCGCUUUGAAUCAAAAGAACAACGAGAUGUGCAACAUGAUAUUUGCAAAUGCCUGAGAUUAAAAUCGCAUUAAUAUGUUUAAUAAUUAAUUGAUAUACAAAAAGCGCAGAGAACAAGACUCACCGUAGUUGUAAACUUGCAGAGAUUAAAUUUCGUCGAGUAUGAAUUCAAAAA